ACAGCACCCGCUACAGCACGCCUCGCCUCCCCGUGGGCCUUGCAGCGGCCACGACCUCGGCGGGAAACGCCAACAACAUUUUUAAUUCCCCCAACUUCUCUUCCCCCCACGCUUCUCUUGCUUCACAUCUUCUUCUCUCCUGUCACAGGCUUUAAAAGUAGACAGCAUACAAGCUACUGCUAUCGUCGAGAAAAGAAACGCAAAACAGAAAUUGCACAUCACUGCUGGCCAGAAACACGAAACACAAACGGCGAUUCCGGCCUCCCACCCAAACUUUUUUCUCUUCUCUAAUCUGAUCGGCUCAACCAUCACCCUUGCUGCAUGAGUACCUGAGCCUCCUCCAACACCACCCACGGAGACUUGGAAGGCUGCAGCGUAUCCUGCGACGAUACGAAACGAUAUAAAACCCUAUUAUCUCAUACACAAUGGUCGGAUUGAUCACAGAAGACUCUGGUGUUCAGGGCCUGGUCGACUCGACACGGGACUGCAUCCCUAGCGAGCCUGCACCCACCAUUGCGCCCUCGCUGACCUACUCGUCAGAGUCAGACGAUGCUGAUGAGCCGCUGCGAGUCCAUGCCCCGCGCCAACGACGGGCUUCUACAAGGCUGAUUGCCCAGAAUGCCCGCGACAUUCGCCGCAUCACCGGCGAGAGCACCGCCGAGUUUGUCGGCCGCUGCUGCGGUGGCGGCUGCUGCUUGACAGACCGCAACGAUAUCACCUUUGAGCGAGUGACAGUCCCCGAAAACGACGCUUUCCAGCAGCUGGAGCUCACCAUUGGCGAGAUCCCCACCAAGCUGACCAAGAUUGCCGACCUCCCCAAGCAGACCGUCUUCUUCAAGGCCAUCCCCCGCCCCGAGACCAUCCCGUCACCGAGCGACUCGGCCGUGUCUCUCGGCGGCUCCUCCGACUCGGACCAGCUGAUUGACGGCCCCCUGACAAAGUCUAUUCUCGAGCAGCACAUGCAGGCCGUCGACACGAGCAUCCAGCCGCCCAAGUUUGUGCAGCCUCACCCGCCAUUCUACACAUACCCCGCCAAGAUUCACACAGCCCGCGAGCUGACCAAACCCGGCGCCGAGAAGCGCACAUACCACUUCGACCUCGACAUCACCGACUACCCCCACGAAGAGGCCACUGAGUUCAAGGUCGGCGGCGCUAUUGGCGUCGUCGCCCCCAACUGCGACAGCACCGUCGACGACAUCUUCGACACCCUCCUCGUGCCCCGCUUCGUCCGCGACAAGCCCGUUCUUCUCUGCACCACGGGGGGCCGCUGGCCGACAGUCUGGGGCGACGAGAAGCCCCGCGAACUGCUCACUACGCGCCGCGACCUGCUUACCUGGUGCACCGACCUGCAGUCAUACCCACCCACGCUGCAGCUCGUGCGUCUGCUGGCCGAGCACGCCACGGCCGACAAUGAGCGCAAGAUUCUGAAUUAUCUGUGCUCGGCCGAGGGCAAAAACACCUUCUCCAGCUUCCGUGCCGGCCCGCACAUUAGCGUCUCGCAAAUGCUGCAUGCCUUCCCCAGCUCGCAGCCGUCGCUCGAGGAGCUGUUGUCGGUGCUGUCGCAGCUCAUGCCGCGCUUCUACUCGCUCUCCAACGACCCGCACGAGUCGUACCAGAUCCGCGACCGCUCGCAGCACCGCCUUAUUGAGAUUGCCGUCACCGUGCACGAGACGACCGAUUGGCGCCGUGGGUGCCGUACCGGCGUUGGCUCCGGCUUCUUUGAGCGCCAGGCCCGCAACUUCCUGCGCGCCCAGGCCGCCGGCGAGAAGGACAAGUCGUUUUACAUCCCCAUGUUCAAGGGCCUCAUGGCCAACCCGCUCGCCAAGGAGUUCAACGCCGACGGGCCCAUGCUGCUCAUUGGCGCGGGUGUCGGCAUUGCGCCGUUCCGUGGCUUCGUCCAGCGCCGCUUGAAAAAGGCAAACUGCGCAAACAAGGUCUGGGUCCUCCAGGGCAUCCGUGACUCGCUUGUCGACGAAAUCUACAGCGGCGAAUGGGGCGUCCACGAGGACGAGGUCAAGAAGGUUGUCCAGAGCAGGCGUGGUGAGGGCCGCUAUGUGCAGGAGGAGGUCCUCAACCAGGCUGAUCUUGUGUGGUAUAUUAUUAAUGCGGUGGAUGGCCGCGUCUUUGUCUGUGGUAGCUCAAAGGGCAUGGGCGAGGGCGUUGAAGAGGCGCUUGUCUCGGUGGCCAUGUCCAAGGGUAACCUGGAGAAGGAAGAGGCUCAGAACUUCUGGGACCUCAAGAAGGAGGCGGGCCAGUAUAUUGCCGAGACUUGGUAGAUCUUGGGGGGCCGUUUUUUUGGGUUGGGUGACAGGGGAGCGCACUGUGAGGAUGAAUAUAAACAGGGGGAUUGGUAUAUACAUGGAGGAGGGAACACGCUAUUUUGCAUGGUUGCUAUUUUAGACGUUUACAGGCGCAAGCAUUGCUUCAAAGAUUCAUUACAGUUAAUACUACUACGACUUCACAGUUAUUUUACU